CUUUGCUGUAUUGAGAUAACAGCGCAGUAUUUACUGACAUAAAACCGUCAGUAAUAAAUAUCAAAAUAUAGAAUUCAAAAUAGCUGCAAAUAUAUAUUUUUCAAAAUUGACGAUGGAUCGCUGUUAAUAACAGAGCAGCAAAAUGUUAAGUUUUUGGAUGCCAAAAAAACAUAUGUUAGAUGAACGACAAUCAGGGGUUCCGUUCGUUCAGUUUAUUUAGUGAGUCUUGGCCCGUGCAAAUAUAAAAUAAAUUUGCCAAUAUAAAUUAUAAAAAAACUUGAAUUGCGCACUCGUUUUGCCUACAGAAGCAGGCGGACAAAGGCCAACAGAAAACGCAAAAGCAAGAAAAAAGACACUAACAAUAACAGUAACAACGACAACAACAACAACACCUGCUGCAAAAUGGAGGCGGAGGGUCUGACAAAUGAACAAACGGACAAAGUUUUACAAUUCCAAGAUCUAACUGGCAUAGAAGACAUGAACAUAUGUCGCGAUGUACUCAUACGUCAUCAAUGGGAUCUCGAGGUGGCCUUUCAGGAGCAAAUGAACAUACGAGAGGGUCGACCAACAAUGUUGACUGCUUCGACAGAUGUUCGUGCACCGGCUGUGAUCAAUGAUCGCUUCCUGCAACAGGUCUUCUCAGCAAAUAUGCCUGGCGGACGUACAAUUAGCCGAGUACCAAGUAUCGGGCCAAUGCCACGCAGCUUUACGGGCAUCCUUGGCUAUGUGAUCAAUUUUGUGUUCCAAUAUUUUUACUCGACAAUAUCUGGAAUUGUGCGUGCAUUUAUUAAUAUUGGCGGUGGCAAUGAGCCGCGCAUUGUCUCGGAUCCGUUGGCCGAUGUGAUGAAAUUUAUAAGAGAGUACUAUGAACGUUAUCCGGAGCAUCCGGUCUUCUAUCAGGGCACCUAUGCCCAGGCCUUAAACGAUGCCAAGCAGGAAUUGCGCUUUCUGCUCGUCUAUCUGCAUAAGGAUCCAACACAAAAUCCUGAUGUUGAAUCAUUUUGCCGAGAUACUCUCUCAUCGCGCUCAAUAAUUGAUUAUAUCAACACGAAUACAUUGCUCUGGGGCUGUGAUGUGUCUACGCCGGAAGGAUAUCGUGUGAUGCAAACUAUUACGGUGCGCACCUACCCCCUGAUGGUGAUGAUAAGCUUGAGAGCUAAUCGUAUGAUGGUCGUUGGACGUUUCGAGGGCGAUUGCACUCCAGAGGAGCUACAACGCCGCCUCCAGUCGGUCAUCACUGUCAACGAGGUGUGGCUAAGUCAGGCACGCGCCGAUCGACUUGAGCGCAAUUUCACUCAGACGCUGCGUCGCCAACAGGAUGAGGCAUAUGAGCAGAGUCUGCUCGCUGAUGAGGAAAAGGAGCGUCAACGUCAACGCGAACGUGAUGCCGCUCGCCAAGUGCUGGAAGCGGAGGAGCGAGCUCGUCGAGAUGUUGAGCUGCGCAAAGAAGAGAUAGCCAGGCAGAAGAUUGAGCUGGCUAACCUUGUGCCGCCAGAGCCGCCAGCCGAUUCCGCAGAUGCUAUUGCUGUGGUCUUCAAGCUACCUAAUGGCACUCGUCUCGAACGACGCUUUCAGCAAACCAAUUCCAUUUUGGACGUUUAUCAUUUCCUCUUUUGCCAUCCCGCUUCGCCGGAUGAAUUUGAAAUUACAACGAAUUUCCCUAAGCGUGUUCUCUAUUCCAAGGCGGCAAUCGAUGCCGCCGAAUGCUCUGUAAAUGAAACCUACAGCAAGACGCUUAAAGAUGUGGGUCUUAAGCAUCGCGAAGUACUAUUCGUGAACGAUCUGGAAGCGUAACCAAGCCCUACCAUCACCAAAUAACAAAAAACAUAAAAAUGAAACAUGCAAAGGAAUGAACACUGAAAUCUUUGUGUUACCAGCUAAAAGAAAACGCAUUACCAAAUAACUUGAACCAAGUUUGAAGUAGUCGUAGUCCUCAAGUCCAAUCCGUUUGGCACAUUCGGAGGUUUAAAACAACCAAGCAGAAACUCAUAGACAACAACAAAUAAUUCCUAAUUUAAUCAUGAAUAUAUAUAAACAGAAUUGUUUAACAAUGUUUAUGUUGAUUUUCGUCUAACACCAAUUUUUCCACCUACAAAAUUAUUUUUCAAACAAUUU